AGAAGCCAGUGGAAGCUCCCUUUCCUAAAACAGUUCUGAACCGAGGAAAGGACAACCGCUACCUGGUGAUGGCCGUCGAUGUGGUGCAGAAUGAAGGAGGGAGCUGUGAGAAGCACCUCACCAUCACUGCUUCCCAGGCGCUGGAACAUAAAGAGCUCUGCGUCCUUAGGGAUGACUGGUGUUCUGUGCCAGUAGAGCCAGGGGAUGUCAUUCAUCUGGAGGGGGAUUGCACAGCGGGCACUUGGACCAUCGAUGACAACUGGGGGUAUUUGAUUCUGUGUCCAGACAUGCUGAUUUCCGGUACAAGUGUAGCCAGCAGUAUUCGAUGUAUGAGAAGAGCUGUCCUGAGCGAAACUUUCAGAGGCUCUGAUCCAGCCUCACGCCAAAUGCUGGUUGGUACAAUUCUCCAUGAAGUGUUUCAGAAAGCAAUAAGUACUAGCUUUACCCCAGAUAAGCUACAAGAACUUGCUUUGCAAACUGUUCAAGAAAUAAGGCACUUGAAGGAAAUGUAUCGCUUAGGCCUGAGUGAAGAUGGACUGAGACAGGAGGUCGAGGAGUAUCUUCCUUCGCUGUCUAAGUGGGCUGCAAAGUUCAUGCACAAGAGCAGCGCCACCGACUUCCCCGUCAUGCGGCUCUCUCUACCAAGUGAUGAUAACAAGAGUGACCCAACAUGUACCAUUGAAGUAGUGAAGUCACUGGAUAUUGAAGAAAGCAUUUGGUCCCCUCGCUUUGGAUUAAAGGGCAAAAUCGAUGUUACAGUGGGUGUGAAAAUACACCGAGGUGGUAAAACGAAGUACAAGAUAAUGCCACUGGAGCUCAAAACUGGCAAGGAGUCCAACUCUAUUGAACACCGUAGUCAGGUCGUGCUCUAUACGCUGCUGAGCCAGGAGAGAAGAGCAGAGCCGGAGGCUGGCUUUCUCCUGUACCUCAGGACAGGCCAGAUGUACCCGGUGCCCGCCGCGCACCUGGACAAACGAGAACUUCUGAAGCUUAGAAACCAGAUGGCCUUCUGGAUGCAGCGCCGCACUUGGAAGUUGGAGGGAAAGGACAGCUCCCAGCUCACUUCUUUGCCCCAAAUCAUCGAGGAAGACAAAACUUGCAAGUACUGUUCUCAAAUGGGCAACUGUGCUCUUUAUAGCAGAGCCGUUGAGCAACAGGAGGAUGACGGUCCAGUCCCAUUGGCCAUGCUGUCCAGAAUCAAAGAAGAAACCCAGCACUUGAAGCGUUCACACUUAAAGUACUUCAACCUGUGGUGUCUCAUGUUAACCUUGGAGUCACAAUCGAAGGAUAAUAGAAAGAAUCUCCAAAACAUCUGGUUAAUGCCUGCUUCCAGAAUGGAGGAGAGUGGUAACUGCAUUGGAAACCUGAUCAGAACUGAGCCUGUGAAGACAGUUUGUGAUGGACAGUAUCUGCACCAUUUCCAGCGUCAAAAUGGAGCCAUACCAGUCACAAAUCUAAUGGCCGGUGACAGGAUUAUCUUGAGUGGAGAAGAGAGAGCGCUCUUUGCUCUCUGUAAAGGAUAUGUGAAGAAGGUUAACACCACUACAGUCACCUGCAUAUUAGACAGGAACUUGUCGGCACUCCCAGAAACAACUUUGUUCAGAUUAGACCAGGAGGAAAAGUCUUGUGAUAUAGACAGCCCGCUAGCAAAUCUCUCUAAGUUGAUGGCAAACACAAAAGUCAGUCAAAAACUUCGAGAUUUAAUCAUUGACUUCCAGGAGCCUCAGUUUAUCCCGUACCUCACUGCUGUUCUCCCACCUGAAGCGAAGGACACUGUGGCUGGCAUUCUGAAAGGUUUGAAUAAGCCUCAGAGACAAGCAAUGAAAAAGGUUUUGCUUUCAAAAGACUACACUCUCAUUGUGGGCAUGCCUGGGACUGGAAAAACAACUACAAUAUGUACUCUCGUGAGAAUCCUCUACGCCUGUGGGUUCAGUGUCCUCUUGACCAGCUAUACGCACUCUGCUGUCGACAACAUCCUCUUGAAGUUGGCCAAAUUUAAAAUUGGAUUUUUGCGUCUUGGUCAGACACAGAAGGUUCAUCCUGAUAUUCAGAAAUACACAGAGGAGGAAGUUUGCAGGUCAAGGUCCAUUGAUUCCUUAGCUCUCCUAGAGGAACUCUACAGCAGUCAGCUUAUCGUUGCAACAACCUGUAUGGGGAUUAAUCAUCCGUUAUUUUCCCGUAAAACUUUUGAUUUCUGUAUUGUUGACGAAGCCUCACAAAUCAGUCAGCCCGUCUGCCUGGGGCCGCUUUUCUGCUCUCAGAGAUUUGUGCUGGUAGGAGACCAUCAGCAGCUUCCUCCCCUGGUGCUGAACCGGGAAGCAAGAGACCUUGGCCUGAGUGAAAGCUUGUUCAAGCAGCUGGAGCAGAACAAGGGCGCCGUGGUGCAGCUGACCGUGCAGUACAGAAUGAACAGUAAAAUCAUGUCCUUGAGCAACACGCUGACCUACGAGGGAAAGCUGGAGUGUGGGUCAGAAAAGGUGGCCAGCGGCGUCAUCAGCCUCCCUCGCCUGAAAGACGUGAAGCUGGAGCUGGAGUUCUACGCCGACUACUCUGACAGCCCAUGGCUGGCUGCGGUGCUUGAGCCCAGCAGUCCUGUUUGUUUUCUUAAUACGGACAAGGUUCCAGCACCAGAGCAAGUUGACAAAGGUGGUGUGAGCAACAUGACAGAAGCCAAACUCAUUGUUUUCCUGACCUCAGUUUUUAUUAAGGCUGGAUGUAGUCCCUCUGAUAUUGGCAUCAUUGCCCCAUACAGGCAGCAGUUGAGGCUCAUCAGUGACUUGUUGGCACCAGCAUCUGUUGGGGUGGUUGAAGUCAAUACAGUCGACAGAUACCAAGGAAGAGACAAGAGAGUCAUCCUAGUGUCUUUCGUUAGAAGCAACGAGGACGGAACUCUUGGUGAACUCCUGAAGGAUUGGCGCCGUCUUAAUGUUGCAAUAACCAGAGCCAAGCAUAAGCUGGUCCUCCUGGGAAGUGUGUCCUCACUAAAGCGCUACCCUCCCUUGGAGAAGCUGUUUCAUCAUCUAAACGCAGAAAGAUUAAUCAUGGACCUUCCAUCAAGAGAGCACGAGAGUCUCGGUCACAUCCUGAAUGACUCUGAGAGAGGAUGAGGUGCCAUUGUCUUUCCAUCCUGUGACCCUGACCCUGCCAGUGCAGGAUUGCAGCUUAGAUUUGCCUGAUCAAACUCGAAUACGAUGUUGAUGCAAAGGGUACAAAUUUAUAAUUUAUUAAUUGAUUGCUUCCAGUUAGCCCAGGAUGACCUGGAACUAACUCACUCCGUAGCCCCAGGCCAGACUCAAACUCACAGAGAUCCUUCUAUCAGCCUUCUGAGUGCUGACCAUCCCUCUUUUUACUUCUCAACACUCUGUAUUUCAGGAGUUCAGAGAAUUUGAUGUCAGAUACUACCUUUUAAGAAUAAGUUUUGUUUCCUGAAUUAAUGAUGAACUAAAAAGGUUUAUCCUUAUUUUCAAUUAUUCAUCUUAGUUUGUCUCUUUGAAGGCACUGCUCACUUUUUCCUUUAUUGUAUAAAAGUGUUUUGAAAUACAAAGUUACCUCAGAAUGUUUCUUUUUACAUAUGGUGAUGGAAUUUGACCCCAGGGUUCUAUCUUCUGGAGGGAAAACCUGUCAGUUCUGUUGAGUUUUGUUUUUAGUGAAAUAUUCAAAUUGUGAAACUUGUUGGUGCUUCUAUCGUUUGUUUGUUUUUAAAGGUUUAAUAAAUUGUUUUCUACUAA